CGGCCGCCUGGUGAACUGGACUUUGUGCUUUAUAGACACUCUUUUGGGCACGUCCUCUUCGAGCCGCCCCGCCCCGCCCCGCCCCGCCCCGCCCCGCGAGGUGCCCACAUCAAGGCAGGGCAGACACCAGGGCAUGGAGAGCGGGGUCCCGAAGACACGACAGCACGCGGCCUGACCUCCCCCCGGACCUCGCCGAGGGGUCCAUGGACGCGCACCCGUGGGCGGGCCUUGGGCGUGAGGGCGGUACGGACAACCCGGAGGUCGGCGAGCGGCGGGACACCGGCGAAGGCGAGGGCCAGCCUCGCGCUCGGCCUCGCUCAGGCUGCGCGCGCGCGCUCCCGCUGCAGCCCGGGCCGCGCUUGCCCCGCCUCUCGGCCCCGGUCCCGGAGCCCGGUCUGAGGUCGGCGGCGGCCGGAGGGACCAUGAGCGGAGCGGCGCGGGCGGGCCCGGCCCGGCUCGCCGCGCUCGCGCUGCUGACAUGCAGCCUGUGGCCGGCUCGGGCCGACAACGCGAGCCAGGAAUAUUACACGGCGCUCAUCAACGUGACGGUGCAGGAGCCCGGCCGUGGCGUCCCGCUCACGUUCCGCAUCGACCGCGGGCGAUACGGGCUCGACUCGCCCAAGGCCGAGGUCCGCGGCCAGGUGCUGGCGCCGCUGCCCAUCCACGGAGUUGCUGAUCAUCUGGGCUGUGAUCCUCAAACACGAUUCUUUGUUCCUCCUAAUAUCAAACAGUGGAUUGCCUUGCUGCAGAGGGGAAAUUGUACAUUUAAAGAGAAAAUAUCACGGGCUGCUUUCCACAAUGCAGUUGCUGUAGUCAUCUAUAAUAAUAAAUCCAAAGAGGAGCCAGUCACCAUGACUCAUCCAGGCACUGGAGAUAUUAUUGCUGUCAUGAUUACAGAAUUGAGGGGUAAGGAUAUUUUGAGUUAUCUGGAGAAAAACAUCUCUGUACAAAUGACAAUAGCUGUUGGAGCUCGUAUGCCGCCAAAGAACUUCAGCCGUGGCUCCCUAGUCUUCGUGUCAAUAUCCUUUAUUGUUUUGAUGAUUAUUUCUUCAGCAUGGCUCAUAUUCUACUUCAUUCAGAAGAUCAGGUACACAAAUGCACGCGACAGGAACCAGCGUCGUCUUGGAGAUGCAGCCAAGAAAGCCAUCAGCAAAUUGACAACCAGAACAGUAAAAAAGGGUGAUAAGGAAACAGACCCUGACUUUGAUCAUUGUGCAGUCUGCAUAGAGAGCUAUAAGCAGAACGAUGUUGUCCGAAUUCUCCCCUGCAAACAUGUUUUCCACAAAUCCUGCGUGGACCCCUGGCUUAGUGAACAUUGUACCUGUCCUAUGUGCAAACUCAAUAUUUUGAAGGCCCUGGGAAUUGUGCCAAAUUUGCCAUGUACUGAUAACGUAGCAUUUGAUAUGGAAAGGCUCACCCGAACCCAGGCAGUUAACCGAAGAUCAGCCCUUGGUGACCUUGCCAACGACAACUCCCUUGGCCUUGAGCCACUUCGAACUUCGGGGAUAUCGCCUCUUCCUCAGGAUGGGGAACUUACUCCUAGAACAGGAGAAAUCAACAUUGCAGUAACAAAAGAAUGGUUUAUUAUUGCCAGUUUUGGCCUCCUCAGUGCUCUCACACUCUGCUACAUGAUCAUCAGAGCCACAGCUAGCUUGAAUGCUAAUGAGGUAGAAUGGUUUUGAAGAAGAAAAAGACUGCUUUCUGACUGACUGCCUUGAAGGAAAAAAGAACCUAUUUUUGUGCAUCAUUUACCAAUCAUGCCACACAAGCAUUUAUUUUUAGUACAUUUUAUUUUUUCAUAAAAUUGCUAAUGCCAAAGCUUUGUAUUAAAAUAAAUAAAUAAUAAAAU